AGAGAUCUAUAGUCAUGUGGUUUUGUUUACAAUCCUUGGUUCCAAACAGAUUAAUCUGGUUGAAGUCAGUCUGAAUACAGACCAAACUCAAGGUUUAGGACUCGAUCUAGACCAAAUUAUGCAGAUUGACUCUUCCAGUCUGAAGAACACAAUCAUAUAUUUUUUAAAAGGUACUGGUUGAGAUUUGUGAUCAAUGACUGAUUCUAUUUUGAUUUAGUGACUACAAAUGUGUUUUUUCUUAUUUGUUGUGUAAACUUUUCAGUUAGAACUUGAAGGAGAAUUUUCUUUAAGCUGCAUUAUCUGUCAGUGAUCAGCAAUAUGAGAAAAUAUUGCAAGAAUCCAUAAUUUUGAUGCCAUUUUUCAGCUUCAUGACAAACAAGUCAGUUUUAUGAGGUGACGGAUUGUAACUUCGCACGAAUCUUUUAUGUUUUAUCUUGAGAAAUAUUGAUCUUUAUUUUUUUACUAGUGUGUAGAAUUAGCAAUAGGGAGUGAUUUAAAGUGUCACAUUUGUAAAAUAAUAUUUCCCCUUAAAUGUUUUUUUAUUUGUGCUUGUAGGAUUCCUUCAGACAAAUUAACAUCUUAAUUGGUUUGGAAAGUUUUUGUAUUGAAAACAUUAAUGAUGAUUUGGGCACAUUUCUAUUUUCUUGUGAGUUUACGCGCAUCUUGGAAGUCCUUCUGGGUUGUCAUGCGCACGCGACAAAGUUUCCUCUCACCUGUUGUUCACUCGUUUUUAUGUCUAUAUUAAAGUUAUUCUGAAACCCAUUCAUGUUUGAUUUUCCUAAACAUCAUAACGUCUUGGCUUGACGUUGGGACAGAUGGAGCAUCUCUGCCCCGGUGCGUCGCGCAACGUCACUCCUCUCCACAGCUCGGCACCAGAAAUGUGGAGCACCGGCGUGGUCAUUGCGUCCAUUUACGGUGUAAUCAGUGUUUUGGGGCUCGUCGGCAACAUUACUCUUAUCAAGACGUUUUGCUCUUCCAAAUCCGCCCGCAAUGUGCCGAAUCUGUUCAUGUCGAGCCUUGCGCUCGGGGAUGUGCUGCUGCUGGUGACCUGCGCUCCGGUGGAUGCGAGCCGUUACCUGUCAGAUGAGUGGCUGUUCGGGAGAGUGGGCUGUAAAGUCAUCCCGUUCAUUCAGCUCACGUCGGUCGGGGUGUCUGUUUUCACGCUCACGGCCCUCUCUGCAGACAGGUACAGGGCCAUAGUGAAACCCCUGGAUAUCCAAACUUCUGUCACCACUACCAGCAUCGUCCUGCGGGCCACAUCCAUCUGGGUUUUCUCUUUGAUCCUGGCCAUUCCUGAGGCCGUGUAUUCUGACCUGCACACCUUUACCAUCACCUCUACAAAUGAGAGCUUUGUCACCUGCGCUCCCUAUCCCCACGCUGGAAAACUGCACCCUCAAAUACACUCAAUGGCCUCCUUUCUCAUUUUCUAUGUCAUCCCCCUGCUGGUGAUUUCCAUGUACUACACUGUCAUUGCCCAAAGCCUUAUAAGGAGCGCCUCUACUCUUCCAGUGGAGGGAAAUGUGCACAUGAGACGUCAGAUUGAAUCAAGGAAGCGUCUGGCUAAAACAGUCCUGGUGUUUGUUGGUCUCUUUGCCAUCUGUUGGCUUCCCAGUCACAUCAUCUACUUGUAUCGCUCCUAUCAUUACUCACAGGUGGACACUUCCAUGGUUCAUUUCGUAUGCAGUGUCGGGGCUCGGAUUCUGGCUUUCACCAACUCCUGCAUCAACCCGUUUGCCCUUUACCUGCUCAGCGAGACCUUCAAGAGGCAGUUUAACCAGCAGCUGUGCUGCUGCUGUCAUUUUAUCCUCAAACGCUCCCCGCGGAGCCCGACACAUUUUAACAUACGCGUGACCUCCAUCCACAGCACACAUCACUCCAUAGCCAGCCUGACCACAGUCAACGGCAGACAGAUCUACCAAGAAGACAGUGUGUAAAGUCUGUUCAUGAGGAGGACAUCCAUACUUCUUCACACAACUCUGUUAAAUAUUGUCAAAAAAACAGCAAAAGAUUAUUGACAUGAUGAUGGUGUUUAUUUAUGAAGUGAUUGUAAAGAUUUUCACUAAUGGCUGCUUUAAAACGACGGAAAAGUUGCCAUAGUUUUCAGUGUUUCACAUUGUGUUUUUUCAAAGUCUUUCAACUUUUCUCUGCGUGGCUUCUUGUUUGUUAUGAUUGGUUGUAGCUGGAUUAAAAGUGAUGGAAUAUGUGUUCAGGUUGAAAAAAAAAUCUAGAUAUGCUUUUAAAUGUUUACAAAAUGCACUUUCAAGUCAUGUGACAUGCUUAAAGUGAAACAGAAAAACAGCCUUUCUUCUUCUCUGCCUUUCAACCCUCUUUAGGGGCCUUCGAAAUGAAUCAUCUGCCUCCAUCUAAAACCCUCUCCUCUGGAUCCUCCUUCAGUCACAUCAACUGCUCUCAUGUCCUCCUCGACAACCUCCAUCCAUCCAUCUCUUUCUCUUUUCAACCUCAGCAUCCUUCCACCAUACAAUCACUGUUCCUCCUCUCAGCAUGUCCAAACACACAAACCAAGAAAAACUCCAUUAACCUUCUGUUAUCAGCUUCCUGUUUGUUAAUUCGGAUGAUGACUGCAGGGUAACAUAGCCAAAAAUAACACAGUUAUUGUAUGUCUGACGGUUUUAUAUACUCAUCUUUCUGCUGUACUUCCUGUUAUAGAACAACGUGGACUUCUACACAAACAAAUACAUAAACUUGAGUACCUGAAGGAAGUCCAGCAGAAAAAUGGAUAGAAAUUGAGAAAUUGGACUCUCAACAUGUCCUGAACACCCUAGUUUAGAUUAAAUAAAAAUUAUAUUUGAUGAUAGAAAAGUAUGAUGCUGUAAUAAACAAUAAAUGGGUAUUCCUGUUUUACUUAAUGGCUGCUAAAAAAGUUCUUUUCCAUUUUUCUUGGUCAAUAUCUUUUUGUCUUUCUUCCUGUAGAACCCAUUUCAAGACGAUUUUGGAUAUUUUUGCAUAUUAUGGUUGAAGUUUGUUGAGACAAUUAAUUCUGUGUGUUGCUGUGUUAAGCAUUGACGUGUUACAGACGUUGUCAGCUGUUGUUCCACCUGUGGUGUAUUUUCAGAGGUAUAUUUAUGGCAUUGUGCUUUAUAAAAGUGGUGAAAUCACAAAGCUUUCUUUUAUUCCAAGUCUUUAAAGCAUCUCUGUUGCCUAAGACUCUGUUCUCUCUUUAAGCCUAAGAUUAAAACAAUAAAAAUAAAUAAAUGGAAAA